GUCUUGUGAGUGAAAAAUGUAGAAGGGAUGAAGAUUGUUCUCAUUCAACACAAUCAUUUCAACACGAUGACAUCUGCAAAGUUUAUCUUCUAUCUGACAUGUUUGUUCUUGGGGAAAAUAGUUCAGACGACCGACCUGGAUUCCUCCUCAUCUGUUUAUCAAGGGAAUAGUUUUCUAUCAGUUGAAACUGGGGGAAACUUGACGUUGAAAUGUUUUCAUGAAGCUGGUUCAGCAGCAAAGGUUCACUGGUUUAAACACACUCUGGGACAGGAACCAAGGCUCAUCUCAUCCUCCUACAGGUUCAAAACUGUGACUUUUAAUGCUGAAUUCAAGAAUCCACGAAUCACAUUGGAUAAUGAAAAUGAUCGGAAUCACUUGACGAUAAAAGAUCUGCAAAUGAAUGACUCUGCUACUUACUACUGUGUGAGCAGUAAUACACAGAAAUGUGAUUUUACUGCUACAACUACUGUCAGUGUACAGGGUUCUAGUACUAACAUUCCAACUUUAAUCCAUCAGUCACAUUCAGAGACCAUCCAGCCAGGAGGCUCUGUGACUCUGAACUGUACAGUACAAACUGGGACCUGUGAUGGACAACACAGUGUUUACUGGUUCAAAGACUCUGAAGAAUCUCAUCCAGCACUCAUUUACACUGAUGGAGGCAGCACUGAUCAGUGUGAGAGGAAACCCAACACACAAACACACACCUGUGACUACAACCUGCCGAUGGAGAGCCUGAAUCUGUCUCAUGCUGGAACCUACUACUGUGCUGUUGCCUCGUUUGGACAUAUUCUGUUUGGAGACGGGACCAAGCGGGACUUAACAGAUGAGAAGGACUCUCGUAUCUUGGUGUAUUUCUUGAGUGGAGCUCUAACUUUUACCAUCAUCCUUAAUGCCCUUCUGGUUUUCUUACUUUGCAUGAUGAACAAGAAAAACCGCUGUGAAAUUACAGAGUCUCAUGCAAGAUGUUCAGCUCCCUCCACACCAAAUGCAGAGGGUGAACAAAAUGAAUCAAACAUCCAAUAUGCGGCGGUGAGACAAAGAAACAACCUAGAGUUUGAAUGCACAUACUCAACUAUAAAGCAGUAGGAGUGUACGUGCUUCAAAGUGGUACGAAGCAGGCCUAUGAGACGCUGAGGUCAUUUUAUCACUUUCUCUUGACAUGUUACUUUGAACUGGAAUCACCUCAGACGGAUUUAACUGUAUUCAGAGGGGAAAAGUUACAUUUCCAUCAAAGUCUAAAUUAUUGUAUUUUCGUGCUUGUAUGUGAGAGAUAACUAUAUAUCCAGGCUGUUUUAUGAAGGAAAGGAAAAAAACUAAGGAAGGGGUGACGUAGAGAACAGUUACAGGACUAAAAUAAGAUGCAAGACCCUCAUCAACACUGAGUCAACAUGCCUUUGGCUUUAAGAUACACUGAGUCAUUAAGUUAAUUCAUUGGAUCUCUAUUUGAAGGGCUUAUGUUCGUCAAAACUUAAAUCAUGAUGGUAGUUGAAAAACCACACACACACACACACACACACAAACAU